CCGGACAGGGACAACUUUCCCACCGAAAUGUGCGGGGCGGGGCCAUGUAAGUCCGGAGUUGUUAGGAAGUUUAACUUCGAACUCUGAUGUUUACCACUGCGCCGCUUGUUAACCGGCAAACAACAAACGGUCUGCGGCCCGCGCGAGAAACGUACUUACGGAGCAAUACCAGUAAAAACACAUGAAAUCCAACACGAGCGAAAUUGUUCAUAUUGAAGCGAAAAGACGGGCAUCUUCUCACCAGUUUUAGACAAAGAGCAAGAGGGAGACCGCUGAAUUUGAGACUCACAUGGAUUAACGGAUAGAGCGACUCUGCGGUUGCGCCUCCGGCAGUCUAUCGGACGAGAGGAGAGAUGGAUCUCUUUCUCCAGGAGGGCUCUCGGGUCUGGCUGAAAGAGGAUGGUGUGAAUCAGCCCUGCACCAUCAGCAGUGUCUCUGGAGGAGUGGUGAUCUUUACCACUGACUAUGGAGAGGUGUACACAUACAAGCUGAAGACUCUGAGCCGACAGCGCGUGUGUGUGAUGUCACAGGAGAGUAGGGAUGGAGUGGAGGACAUGGCGUCUCUACAAGAGCUGCAUGAUGGUGCCAUAUUACACACACUCCACCUGCGCUACACACAGCACCUCAUCUACACAUACAUUGGGUCGAUCCUGGUGGCGGUGAACCCAUGUGUGUGUGUGUCAGGUGUGUAUGAUGAAGCGGCGGUGGAACUCUAUAGCGCUGGUGGGCGGGGCCAACUCCCCCCUCAUAUUUACGCCCUGUCCAAUCAGACCUACCGAGCACUAUGGCAACGCCACGACAACCAGUGUGUGCUCAUCAGUGGAGAGAGUGGAUCAGGAAAGACCGAGAGCACUAAGCUCAUUCUGCGUUUCCUGUCGGCGAUGAGUCAGAGGUCCCAACCUACAAGCAGCCAUGUGGAGAAUGCCAUCCUGGAGAGCAGUCCUGUUCUAGAGGCCUUUGGGAAUGCACGGACCGCCCACAACAGCAACUCUUCUCGCUUUGGCAAAUUCAUCCAGUUGCACUUCAGUUACCGUGGCAACAUCAUGAGUGGACAGAUCACACACUAUCUGCUGGAAAAGAACCGUGUAGUGCGUCAGAAUCCAGGAGAGAGAAAUUACCACAUCUUCUACGCUCUGCUAGCUGGGGCAUCAACAGAGCAGAGAGAGGCUCUGUGUCUGUCUCCUCCUGAGAGCUACCAGUAUCUCAACCAGUCUGGUUGCAUCACAGACAGCACCAUCAAUGACAAGCUCACUUUUCAGCAUGUUCUGGGGGGACUGAGCACUCUUCAGCUGUCUGAGAGUUGUAUUAGGAAUGUUCUGCAGGUUCUUUCUGCUGUUCUCCUCACUGGCAACAUCCAGUUCCUAACAGCAGGGGGCGCUGCAGUCAGCACCAACACAGUCCUAGGGCAGCUGGCGAACAUGUUGUGUGUGGACUCGUCUUUGCUGUCAGAGGUUCUCACCCAAAAAUCCAUGAUGCUGAGAGGAGAACUCAUAAGUACACCGCUCACUAUAGAGCAGGCUGAGGACUCGCGUGAUUCGCUGGCGAUGGCACUCUACUCACGACUCUUUGACUGGGUCCUGCGCUGUCUCAACAAGCGUAUCCACGGAGACAGCAGCUUCCGUUCUAUCUGCAUCCUAGACAUUUUUGGCUUUGAGAACUUUGAGGUGAAUCGUUUUGAGCAGUUCAACAUCAAUUAUGCCAAUGAGAAGCUGCAGGAAUAUUUCAACAAGCACAUCUUCUGUCUGGAGCAGCUAGAGUACAGCAAGGAAGGUCUGGAGUGGGAGAAUGUGAACUGGAACGAUAAUGGAGAAUGUCUGGAUCUGAUAGAGAUGAGACUCGGUCUGCUGGCCUUGCUAAAUGAGGAGAGUCACUUCCCCAAAGCUACUGAUGCCACUUUGCUGGAGAAGCUCCACUCACAGCACUUACGGAAUCAAUUUUAUGUGAAGCCUCGGAUGGCCACACACCAGUUUGGAGUCAAACACUACGCUGGAGAGGUGCUGUAUGAAGUCUCAGGGUUUCUGGAGAAAAACAGAGACACCUUCAGAGAUGACAUCCUAAAUCUGCUCAAGGAAAGCCGGUCAGAUUUUGUGUACGAGUUGUUUGAGCGAAUUCCCUGUCAGAAUGUCGAGUCUCUACGGAAUUCCAAACACGGCCGACUAACAGUCAGCCUCCAGUUUAAGAAUUCUCUUCAUUCCCUGAUGAGCACUCUGAGCACCUGCAACCCUUUCUUUGUAAGAUGCAUCAAGCCCAACAACAACAAGAUGCCCGGGCAGUUUGAUUGGCAGCUGGUUCUGCAGCAGCUGCGCUACUCUGGGAUGCUGGAGACGGUGCGCAUCAGGAGGCGGGGCUUCCCCAUCAGGCUGAGCUUCCAGGACUUCUACUCCAGGUACCGGGUGCUGCUGAGGGGGAGUGCCUUGCUAGAUGACAUGAAGGGCUGGUGCCUGCAACUAUUCCACCGAUAUAACAGCGCUGAAUCUAAUUGGCGGAUCGGGAAGACCAAGGUUUUUCUGAGAGAGUGUCUGGAAGCUGUGUUGGAGAAGCAGAGGGACUCUGAGAUUCUUAAAGCCGUAACGCUCAUCCAGGCCCAUGUGUUGGGUUACUUAAAGAGGAGGCAGUUUCGUCGACUACUGCAAAGUAUUGUGGUCCUCCAGAAGAGCUUUCGAGCGUUGCUGUGCCGACGGCGCUACCUCAGGGUACGGUGGGCUUCUGUGGUCUUCCAGAAGGUUCUAAAAGGCCAGAGAGUGCGACGCAUGUACAAGCAGCUACUAGAAGAUCAACGAGAGAAUUGGAGAAGAGAGGAGGAGAGGAGAAGAGAGGAGGACAAGAGACGAGAAGAGGCACAACGAAUCAGUCAGAGUGCAGAUGCGUUGGACCAGUCGGAGUCUGGCAAAGCCUCGCAGCAAGCUGCAGACUCACCUGAGGAAGAUGUAGCUUCAUCUGCAUCUACAGACUCACCUGAGGAGUUGUCUGGUGAGGUGUUGUCGAAAGUGGAGGCGUUUCCACCUGACGUGCCGGCCGAUACUGCAUGGGAAGGCGAGGAGGCGUGGCAGGUGGAGGAGAUCCUGCGGCUGGAGCGUGAGAUGGAGCUUCUGCGGCGGCGAAAAGAGGAGACGGAGCGCAGCCUGGGGGCGGAGUCUCAGGAGCGUCUGCGGCGUCUGAGGGACGCAAUCGAUGCCCAGGCCAGUCGUGCCGCCCAGCACUUCCUGCACGUGCUCAACUUUCACGAGAUCGACGAGUGCGUGCGCAGCAUCGAGAGCACCCUGCCAGACACACACGCACACUCGCAAAUACACACACAGACACACGCACAGGCGGCUGGCCGGGAGGAGGAGGACGUGGAUGAAGGGCUCGGGGCAGAUGACUCGCCCAACCCCAGCGAGACCGGCCAAUCGGACGGCCAGCGCACAAGUGGCAUCCGCAGCGGCGACGAGUCUGAGGAAGAGGAGGAGCUGUAUGCCAGCGGCGCGUACGCCGCUCCCUACCCAGCCACACGCCGGGCCGAGGAGGAGGAUCGGGAUGAAGGGCUCGGGGCAGAUGACUCGCCCAACCCCAGCGAGACCGGCCAAUCGGACGGCCAGCGCACAAGUGGCAUCCGCAGCGGCGACGAGUCUGAGGAAGAGGAGGAGCUGUAUGCCAACGAGCGCAUGCCGCCGCCUACCCAGCCACACGCAGCCAAUCACAGCCUGCCCUCUAGCGGUGGCCCCGCCUACUGCCCCCUACAGUCCGAGGAAGGGGAGGAGCUUAUACCUCCAGAUGAAGACUCUGAGGAUGAAGAUGUUGCCAUGACAACAAGGCAGUCUUCAUCUCAUGCCAACCAAUGGCCAUCACAGCAGCGGGAUUCCAUAGCUACCAGUACCAGCUCAGGAGCCCAAUACUACAGCUCUGAAGCAUCGAUGGAGGGCAGCGAUGAUGACUUUGAUAGAUGUGACUCGGAUGGUGAUUCUUUGGGUCGAAGAGAUUCUGUCUACAGCUGCGUCACGCUCCCCUACUUUCACAGUUUCCUUUACCUGAAAGGUGGAGUCUUAAGUGUGUGGCGGCGGCGGUGGUGUGUGUUGCGGGACGAGAUGCUGUUGUGGUUUCGGGCAAAACAGGAAGCAUUAAAACAGGGCUGGCUCAGGAAGAAGGGUGGCGGAUCGUCCACUCUGUCCCGACGCAACUGGAAACGACGCUGGUUUGUCCUGCGCCAGAACAGCCUCCUCUACUACACCAAUGACAAGGAGGACCAGCUCAAGGGGGCGCUAGACCUGCGCUCCGCAAGAGAGGUCUAUGAGUGCCCAGACCGAGUUAACGGGAUCGAUGUUGUGAUGCCCGACCGCACCUACCAUCUGACUGCAGAGUCCGCAGAGGAUGCCAGCCACUGGUUCAGCUUGCUAAGUCAGGUGCACGGCUCCACUGAGCAGGAGAUCAGUGAGAUGAAUGCUGAACAGGCCAACCCUCAGAAUGCAGUGGGAUCUCUGGAUGUUGGGAUGAUAGACUCCGUCUGUGCUUGUGACGCUCCAGAUAGGCCGUUCUCGUUCGUGCUGCAGUUCUCCCAGCGGCUGCUGGAGUGCCGCGCUGACAGCGCAGAGGAGAUGCACCACUGGAUCACACUGCUGCAGCGCAGCAAAGGAGACGCCAGGGUCCAGGGCCAGGAGUUCCUGAUGAGAGGUUGGCUGUAUAAGGAGUGGUCAGGGGGCGUGGCUAAGCAGCUGCGUCGGCGAUGGUUUGUUUUGACUCACGCCUCCCUCGAUGAGUACAGCAGCAGCCAAUCAAACGCCCCGAAACGCUCCUCCCUGCUGCUCACCAGCCUGUGCACCAUCACACACACACACGCUCCCUCAGGUGACUGGGCAGUAGCAGUGUAUGGGCGACGGCAGGAGUGUGUUCUUGUGUUUAAGCUUCAGAGUGAAGCUCAGAGGUGGGCGGCGGCUGUCCAGGAUGUGAUUGACAGCAAACCUCCAGUAGAAACACACACACAACAGCUACUGCUGAACAUCAAGGAGAACAGUCUAAAUUCGGAGCUGGUGGAGCAGAUCUACCUCAGGAACCCCUUGUUGCGCUACAGCAAACACUCCUUACGCACACCACUGCUGGCCCUGCCAUACGGACCAGUGGAGAGGCGUGGUCAUAGGCGGGGCUCGCUUCACUCUGAAGCUCUGAAGAUGUUUGAUUCGCUGCUGCAGCUGGAGGGCGUGGCCAACCCUGUGUCAGCCAUUCAGGGGCUGCUGCAGACCGCCUGGGAGCUCCGCCCACUCAGGGAGGAGCUUGUCUGUCAGCUGCUCAAGCAGACUAGUGGAGACGCCGCCCCAUUAAGCAACUGGCAAAUCAUAGAU